UUUUACUCAGAAGAAUGAAUGAGUCUACAUAGUUUUGAGACACGCGCGUGUAAAUGAGGACAAUUGCAAGAACUAGUAGUAUCUACACAUCUCGCUGUAGUUCUGUCAGAUGGGAUUCGAAUUUUUAGAAUCUGUCUAGGGAUCGAAUCUACGAAUCUUCCGAAUCCCAAUUGUGCCAACACUGCGCCGUAUCAAACAACAAAUAACAUUCGAGAGGAGUUUGCCAUCGACGAUCGAUGGUUAAUUUACAAGAAAUUCUAAAAUCCAUCCGGUCACUGGGAUGCAAUGAUGAGGCAAUCUGUUGUACUACCUAUCGUAUCUAUGUGCACCUCUCGGAAGAAAGGAAAUUUCACGACGUCCGGUACUAUUAUGACGAAAAUCUCAAUGGAAUAUAUUUGACAGCCAAAAGAGAAGAACAUGUGGCCAAAUUCGAGGUUUUCCUUCCAGUGCAGGUUCCGGGGGAACUUUGUCUACUGGAUAUAGCGCACUAUCGCAAAGUUGUCAAGCGGUUAAAUCUCGAGGAAAAGGAUACUAUUGUGCUGGCCAUUUGUGAUUCAAGUUCUACCGUGCUGCUUUAUGAAAUUACGGCAGGUCUUCAUUCACUGGGCAAAAGAUCAAUGAUGAAAUGUUAAAAUAUACGAUAAUAACCUUAUAAAGCAUCAUUAUUGUUAUAGGUGAGGUUUUAGGUCAACAUGCAUACAACAUAGUUUGCAUGUUUGGUACAUAAUAAUUGAUGUCGAAAAAGGGUUAGUAUAGAAAAUACUAUUGUGCAGUAUAUAGUUUUGACAAAAAAUACCUGU